GGAACUACGUCCUGAGUUCAGAGUUCAACAUGCUAACAUGCUUGUUUCAGUAAGUGGAGUAGCAGUGACUCUGCAGUGUGUGUACAGUUUGUUUUAAUAUGAAUAUACUUUAUUAAGUUAGUCGUGACUUUUGCGUGUUUAUUUUGUCUUCGUGUGUCGAACAUGUCAGUGGACGCAUCAAAGCACGAGCUGACCCAUCUGAUCUACCGCCAUUUGAAGGAGCAUGGUUUCCACUCAGCUGCAGAUGAGCUACAGAGGCACAGCCUACAGCAGGGGGAGAAAAAAACAUCUGCAACAUUAUUGGACAUCUACAGUUCGUGGUUAAAGGACUCAAAAAAGAAAAAGCAGCCGGAGUCAGCCAAAGGGACUCCAGUUAAGGCCACUCUAAAGAAGAAGAAGGACAAAUCUGCAAACAAAGCAGAGACACAAAAAAAGAAGUCUGUGCCAGUGAAAAGGAAAAAAAGUGAAGGUACAUCUGCAGAAAAUGUCACUAAUGCGAAAAAAUCAAAGACCCAAACAAAAGACAAGUUGGUGGCCGCUGGAGGAGAUGAUUCAGACUCUGACAGCAGUCUGGAUGUCGAUAAAUGGAAGAAAAUGGUCUUGCAGAUGACAGAGUCUGACAUGGCCAAGAUGGACACCAUCAAUGCUCUGGACUCGUCUGCACCGCCAGCCAUUAAAAAGAGAGUGAGGAAGCCCCGGGCCAAGCCUCCUGCCAAAACCGACACUCCAGUUCAACAGAAUAACAGCACGGUCGGAAAGAAUGAAAUGGUGGAGGGGAAAGCCACGACGCAAACGGCAACAAAAAAUAGUAAACCCAAGAGGAGCAGGCCAAAGAAGAGUUCACCUGUGACCUCAUCUGCCCCCCCGAGCCAAGAGCAAAGCAUCAACGCUGUAGAGGACAGGCCAGCAGCGUCCACUCUCUCCCCGUCAAAACAGACGCCACAGAAAGAGAAAAGAAAAAAAGAUGUGACCCCGAGUGAAGAAAAAACGGAUGAGACAACGUCUGAGCCCAAGAAGAAGAAGAAGAAGAAGAAAAAGGAGAUGACUGAAGAUAAGGUGGAAGAGAAUCCAAAUGAGGCCGGUGGAGACGACAAGGACAGUGACAAGCAGAAGAAGACUGUAGUCACAGAGCAAGAGUUUGCUGAUAAACCUGCAGAGGAGAAGAAAAAGGCAAAAGAAACAAAGAGAGAAAGUAAAAUGAGCAAGACGGAAGAAGACAUCGAGAAGAAGAAAAAUGGAGAUGUUGAGAACGAGGACAUUUCCGAGCCGAUGGUGCAAGAAAAGAAGGCCAAGAAGAAGAAAAAGGAGAAAACUGAUAGUGAGGAAAAUCCACUGCAGACAGCGGAGGAAAAGAAAGCAAAGAAGAAAAGGACAGCUGGUAGUGAGGAACAUUCAGAGCAACCAGUAGAAGGAGACCGAGGACAUUCAGAGCCGGUAGUUCAAGAAAAGAAAGCAAAAAAGACGAAAAAGGAGAAACCUGAUGAAGAAAAUUCAGAGCAGAUAGGCGAAGAAAAGACGAGGAAAAAAAAGCACAAAUGUGGUCAUAAUGAGGAGACGUCAGAGCAGACAGUCGAAGAAAAUACAACGAUGGCAAAUAAAUCAGAGAGCGGUGACGGAGAGGAAACGCCAGAGCAGAUGACUGAAGUGAAGAAGAAGAAAAAGAAAAAGGACUCAUCAUUGAAAAAUGACACAGAAGAACCACUACCUCCACCUGACGCCGAGACAUCAAGUCCUCCAACAGAGAAGAAGAAAAAAAAAAGCAAGUUGAAAUCAGCCGAGGUCCCAGAAACCCCUGCAGUCUCUGUCCAAGAUGCUUCGGCCACACUAACCCUCCAAACGCCCUCAAGUGACACCAGCCACAAAAAGAAAAGGAAAUCCUCCAAGAGUUGUGAAGAUGUUUGAUUCUUCAUCGCUGCAGAACCAAAGGAUGAAGGCAACACAUCCGGUCCGCCUUAUUUCUAAUCCUAUUUUAAUGGUCAGAAGGAUCACUUAGAACUUUAAAGAGAAAAUUACUUUUUAUAUUUUGGUACAUUUUAAAAAAAAUAUUUUUCAUUUGUUUUGUGUGUACUAUGCCACCGCUGUUAUUUUUC